AUGUUCUUUUUGGUUUUUUUCUUCUUGACUCUGAAGUUUACUAUACUGCUGUGUGAGUUGAAUUUUGAGAGCUGUUUGGAAUCUAUCAUAGACAAUGUAUACCAGGAUGGAGACAUGGUGAUCAGUGCAUUCUUGCCCCUCUAUACCUAUCAAAGCUUACAGCACAGGAGCGGGCCAGAAAACACAGAUGUUAACACCCGAAUCAAUUCCAACAACUAUCAAUUUGCAAUAGCCUUGAUUUUGGCCAUUGAAGAGAUCAAAAGGAACCCCUUUCUUUUACCUAAUGUGUCUCUGGGGUAUGGUAUCUACAUUUCUGGACCACAUAAUAUAGAGACAAUGUACAGUUUCCUCUUUUGGCUCACUGGGGAGCACAGAAACAUCCCAAACUACACCUGCAGAAGAGAGGAAAAAUCUGUGGCUGCAAUCACCGGGGCAACAUGGGAAAUUUCUUCCUUAAUUGGCACAUUUCUGGAACUUUAUAAAUAUCCACAGCUGACAUUUGGAACUUAUGAAGGAAAUUUGAAUGACCCCAGGAAGUUUCCUUCUCUAUAUCAGAUGGCCACCAAGGACUCUUCUCUGGCCUUAGGUAUGGUCUCAUUGAUGAUUAAUUUCAGAUGGAACUGGGUAGGGCUGAUCAUCUCAGAAGAAGAGAAAGGUAUUUGGUUUGUCUCAGAACUGAUACCAGAGAUGGAAAAAAAUGGACUCUGUGUAGCCUUCAUUAAUAUGAUCCCAAUCAUCCAUAGGUAUAACAUUAUUGAGCCCCAUCAAUAUUAUACUCAGAUUGUGAUGAGCUCAGCAAAAAUUAUUGUCAUUUAUGGUGUCACGGACUCUGCUUUAGGUGUGCUCUUCAGUAUUUGGGAAUAUGUACUCCCAUGGAGAAUCUGGGUAACCACUUCACAGUGGGAAGUCUUUUCUGCUAUGAAACAUUUUAUUCUUGACUCAUUUCAUGGGACUCUCAUUUUUUCACAACACCAUGGAGAGGUUUCUACUUUUAAAGAUUUUGUAAAGACAUUCACCCCAUCCAAAUACCCAGAAGACAUUUUCCUUGCAAGAUUGUGGAAGAUUUAUUUUAAUUGUACAAUGUCUAAGGAUUCUUGUACAUCAGUAGAAAAUUGUUCAUCUAGAGGUUCCUUGGAAUGGUUACCUUGGUACCACUUUGACACUGCCAUGAGUGAUGGCAGUUAUCAUGUAUACAAUGCUGUAUAUGCUGUAGCACACACACUCCACAAGAUGCUUAUGCAACAAGUAGAUAUGCAAGCAAUGAAAAAUGGAGAAAAAAUGAAAUUUCCCCCAUGGAAGCUGAAUCACAUCCUGAAGACCAUUCAAUUCACAAAUCCCAUUGGGGACCCAGUAAAUUUGAAUCCUUCACAACAAGUUCAUAUGGAGUAUGACAUUCUGAACUUCUGGAAUUUCCCACAAGGUCUUGGCUAUAAAGUGAAAGUAGGAACAUUUUCCCCAUAUUUUCCAAGUGGUCAACAACUGUCACUGUCAGAGGACAGGAUAGAGUGGAGCACAGGUAUUAAAGAGACUCCAGUAUCUGUAUGCAGUAAAAGUUGUCUUCCUGGAUUCAGAAAAACUCUUCAGGAAGGCAAGGCUAUCUGCUGUUUUGAUUGUAGCCUCUGCCCAGAAAAUCAAAUUUCCAAUGGAACAGGCAAGUAUAUUGAUCAGUGUGUGAAGUGUCCAGAUGAUCAGUAUGCCAACACAGAGCGAACUCACUGUCUCCAGAAAGCUGUGACAUUUCUGGCAUAUGAAAGUCCUUUGGGGAUUACUCUGGCAGGAAUGGCCCUGUGUUUGUGUACACUAACAGGACUCAUCCUUGGGGUUUUUGUGAAGUACCAAAAUACUCCUAUUGUGAAGGCCAAUAACAGGACUCUCAGCUAUAUCCUGCUCAUCUCACUCACUUUCUGUUUUCUCUGCUCCUUACUCUUCAUUGGUCAGCCCAACACAGCCACCUGCAUCCUACAACAGAUCACAUUUGGAGUUGUCUUCACAGUGGCAGUGUCUACUGUCUUGGCUAAAACCAUCACUGUGGUCCUGGCCUUCAAGAUUACUGCUCCAGGAAGAAGGAUGAGGUGGUUGCUUGAAUCAGGGGCACCCAGAUUCGUCAUUCCCAUCUGUACAAGUAUACAAAUUAUUCUCUGUGUAAUCUGGCUGGGAACAUCUCCUCCCUUUGUAGACAAAGACAUACACUCUGAACAUGGUCAGAUCAUCAUUUUGUGCAAUAAGGGCUCAGUCACAGCCUUCUACUGUGUCCUGGGAUACCUGGGGACUCUGUCCAUAGGAAGUUUUACUAUGGCAUUUUUUGGCAGGAACCUGCCAGACACCUUCAAUGAAGCCAAAUAUCUGACAUUCAGCAUGCUGGUGUUCUGCAGUGUCUGGGUCACAUUUCUCCCUGUCUACCAUAGCACUAAAGGGAAGGUUAUGGUAGCUGUGGAGGUCUUCUCCAUCUUGGCUUCUAGUACAGCACUUUUGGGUUGUAUCUUUAUCCCCAAGUGCUAUAUUAUUCUCAUGAGACAUGACAAGAACUCAUUAAAAGCCGUGAGAGAGAGAGUUCAGUGGAAAUAG